UUUACAGUCGGUAGAAAACACAAUCUUCAAAACUGGUGCUACUGAACAAUUUUAAAUAAAAAAAAAAUAAUGAUAUAAUUAUUUAAUACAUGUUUAUUGAUAUUAGUUAUUAAAUUGAAAGUAUGUUUAAAUUAGUUCUUAACAGAUCAACACAAAAUGUUUAUUUUCUAAACAACAUUUACAAGCAGUCACUGCGCAACUUCGCAGGGGGUGUUGAAAAAGUUCAAAAGGAUAUUGGUACUUAUUCUAAAGAUAAUACAAACUCCAAAAAUGAUUCUAUCAUUAAGAAUGGUGAAAUUAAUAGAGUUGUCAAUUCUUCCGACGGGGAUGGAACAGCCAUAAACAGUCUGGAAGUAACAAGACAUGUUUGGCAGCCCAGUCCAAGUUUAGAGAAGGGCAAACUUCUUAGUUACUACAAGAAAUUAUCAAAAUUCAGAUUGACAUCACUUGUGGUAAUAACAGCAAUGGGUGGCUACGCAAUGGCCCCAGCGCCAUUUGAUCCUGCAUCAUUUUUAUUGUGUUCUUUGGGUACUGGACUUGUUUCGGCAGCAGCAAAUUCCAUAAAUCAAUACCAUGAAGUUCCAUUCGAUUCGCAAAUGUCGAGAACAAAAAGUCGCGUGCUCGUUACUGGACAAUUAACUCCGUUACAUGCGGUGGGAUUUGCAGUGGUUUCUGCAGCUUCUGGACUAAGUAUGCUAUACUUUGGUGUAAAUGGUCUUACGGCAGCAUUAGGACUUGGCAAUCUUUUUCUUUAUACAUCAAUUUACACUCCAAUGAAGCGAAUGUCAAUAGUAAACACCUGGGUGGGAUCCGCUGUGGGAGCUAUUCCACCAUUAAUGGGCUGGGCAGGUUGCUGUGGAAGUCUUGAUGCAGGAGCUUGGAUAUUAGCUGGAAUGUUGUAUGCUUGGCAGUUUCCUCAUUUUAAUGCAUUAUCAUGGAACUUGAGGCAGGACUAUUCUAGAGCUGGUUAUCGGAUGAUGGCUGUUACAAACCCAGGUUUAUGUAGACGAACGGCUUUAAGAUAUACAUUUGUUAUCGGUGCCCUUUCAUGUAUUGCCCCCUUAUUAGACGUAACCAACUACUGGUUUGUUCUGGAAACUUUACCUCUCAACGGAUACUUUUGUUAUUUAGCUUACAAAUUUUAUCAAAAAUCAGAUAGUGGAACAUCUCGCAAACUUUUCCGUUUUUCUUUAAUUCAUCUGCCUGCACUAAUGUUAUUAUUUUUAUUCAAUAAAAAACGAUGGUUCCUGACGGAGAAAUCGGAGCAAGCUUCAUUAGGUAUUGCAAGUUCAAUAGAAACUACAAACGAAACUAUUGUGGAACAAAGUGUUAAAAGUGGUUUGCAACUUAACAAUUUAAGCAAAUAUUUACCGAUAGAAUCAGUUACUAGGUCGUAAAAAAAUUAAUUUUAUACGAAUAGGUUUUAAAAAUAAAUAAGAUUCGUAUGUAAAUAAAAUACGAUUAUAAUGCACUGCAAACCAAAAUUAAAUUGUUUAUUUUAAAAGUACAAUUUGUUUACAGCCAAUAAUGAUUGUAGAGUUGAACACAAUUAUAAGAUGUUAAGUGACAAAAUAUUUUACAUACAUAUAUAUGUAUUUGUUCCUUUUUGUAAAACUUUCAUUUGUGAAUGACAACUGUUAAGUUUAAGCUCAGUUUAAAGAAACUGUUUCAAUAAAUUAUUAAACACUAUUGUAUCUGUUAUAUUAAAUUUGUAUCUAUCUAGUCAUUUUAUUAAUUUUAAACACAAAUUAAAUAUAAACUUGGUUGUUUAUAAUUAUUUUUACGUAUUAGAAACGUUUAAACAAAAUAUAUAAAAUAGAAAAUCUUGCAGGAAAACGAACAGAUAUAAUUGUUCUGUUCCAGUACUAGUUAUGGUAUUUCAGUAAUAUGUAAAAUAGUCACGUGAGUACUUUAAAUAUAAUUGUAAUGAGUAUUUAAUAUGAUACUAUAGUCGAUAUUUUAUUAUUUAUCAUUUUGUUUGAUCGUUUCAAAAAGUAAUAAAACAUUACAAAAUUAUCGUCUAGAAAAUAAAAAAAAAAUCUAAAUUUUGUGAGAAAUAGACAGAAAUUGCCUGAAAAACAUUAAGUUGGGUAUAUGUACGAAAUAAUGUAAAUCCUGACAAGAAUGUGGAAAACAUACUAGUACAGGAACCGAGCAAAAAUAAUUAUUGUUGUAAUAUAUAUCGCCAGAAAUAAAAUAAAUUAUAGAUGAAGUAUUCGUUAAUUAAAAUCAAUAGUACAUAUUUACAUUUCAAUAUAAAAUACAAUUUUGCAAAAUUAAUUUUCUUGUAAAUAAUAAAAUACAUUUUUAAAUAUUUUAAAUAUAAA